AUGUUCCUUGCAAAGGCUAUUCUGGAAGGGGCGGAUCGAGGUCUUGGAGAAGCUCUUGGAGGACUUAUUGGAGGAGGUGGUCAGAGAAGAGGAGGAGGAGGAGGAAAUAUCGGAGGGAUAGUCGGAGGAAUUGUCAAUUUUAUCAGCGAGGCUGCAGCAGCUCAGUAUACUCCAGAGCCGCCUCCCACCCAGCAGCAUUUCACCAAUGUGGAGGCCUCCGAAAGUGAGGAAGUCAGGCGGUUUCGGCAGCAGUUCGCACAGCUGGCCGGACCAGACAUGGAGGUGGGUGCCACUGACCUGAUGAAUAUUCUCAACAAAGUCCUCGCUAAACACAAGGAUUUGAAGACCAAUGGCUUCAGCCUCGACACCUGCCGGAGCAUCGUAUCAGUCAUGGACAAUGACACCACAGGGAAGCUGGGCUUCGAGGAGUUCAAGUACCUGUGGAACAACAUCAAGAAAUGGCAAUGUGUGUUUAAGCAGUAUGACAGGGACCAUUCUGGUUCUCUGGGACGCUCCCAGUUGCAGGGGGCUCUGCAAGCAGCAGGCUUCCAGCUGAAUGAGCAGCUUUACCAGAUGAUUCUUCGCCGGUAUGCUGAGGAGGAUGGAAGUAUGGAUUUCAACAAUUUCAUCAGCUGCCUGGUCCGCCUGGAUGCUAUGUUUCGUGCUUUCAAGUCCUUGGAUAGAGAUGCAGAUGGCCAGAUUCAAGUGUCUAUCCAGGAAUGGCUGCAGCUGACCAUGUAUUCCUGA